AUGACAAAACAGUAUAUUAAGUUAAGUGAUCUUACACUUCUAUAUAGUAAAGUGAAUAGUCAUAAUGCUUAUAAUGAACUAACUGAAGAUAUCUUUCUCAAUCAUACAUUCGAUGAAGAUAACUUUGCAUUGAUACGUGCUUUUAAAAAAGAUAGUACUCUUUCAAAAAAGAAGAUUGCAACAAAGGAAGACUAUAAUAUGAUACAUCAUAUCUUUACUAAAUAUCAAUGGUAUAAUGAAUUAUUACAAGCGAUAGAAAGGCGCAAGGAAGUUAACACCAAUCUAGAUGUGAUAAACGUAAUGGUCGUAAAUAAUACACAAGACUACAAUAAAUUACCGGAUUUCUUUAAAAAUGCUUGGUAA